GUUCUUUGUUCGCCUUUCAAAAUCUUUCUUCACUAAUCGCUCGAGAAAACGAUAGAACGCGGCACUAUUUGAAUUUUGAUAAUCGGAAUAUCACACACAUCGAUGAAGAGAGAAGGUAGCAUGUUACACUAGAAGAGUACUUUCACUAAGAAAAAAUAUGGCCGUCGUACAUCGCCUGACCACAGCUCUCCGUCGUGCCCCAGCGAGAGGGGCGACACGAAACUCGCGGUGGCUCGCUUCUAUUCGAAGCAGGGAGUGGACCUCGUGCGAAGGGUUUACAAACGGGAUGAGAUUAAGUCAUUAGAGCGACCACAUCUCGCAUCCUCGACCACAGCGUCCGCCGCGAGCGCUAUGCAUUUGUCGUCUGGAUAGUAGAAGAAGUGUGCAGCAGCGUAUUUGCGCUCGAGGAUGCGAUGAUGAUGGUAGCUCUAAUCAAGCUAUCGGAACCAUGCAUUGUUCCGUGAACAGCAGCAACGCCUGUUCUCUUUCGCCGAUUUCGCUCCCAGCAAUGCGUCACCAUCUCCUGCCACACCAAAGGCCGCCACUCCUUUCGGUUCACUAAGAGAAGCCCUUGGAAGGUGUGUAGUCGUACGACCGAAAGGCGAAAGAGAUGCGGACUCACACCAGGCUGCAGAACAACUGGAGGCUUGGAGACGAGAAGACGCUAGUAAUGGUCAUCAAGAAGACGAUGCUGAGGCCAAAAAGAAUGAGUUGCUGUUCGCCUACCCAAAAGGAGAUUCAAACUCAUCGUACGGCGCAAUACCUUUUGGCACCUUGACACUUUUAGGCUUAUCGGUGGCGGCCACUGUGGCUAUGCAGGUUUGGUGGUGGCGGUUGACGAGAGUCGAUCACGGAAGUGGAGGUGGUGGCUUCGCCAGGUCACUUGAUGCUGGAGAAAAGAAAAGCAAGCUGCUUUCUCAAGUUUCACACUUCUCGCAUACCUUGAUGCAAAUUAUGCGAGACCCCGUGUUGGCCAACUUCGUUCGCUAUGCUGAACCGCUACCAGUGCAGUGUCUUUUCGCUUCUACGUUGUUCGCUUCCGGCAUGUUCGUAGAACGAUUGCGAGGGCAUAGAUUUCUUGUCACUUUGACGGUCGGUUCGGCCGUUUUAGCGAAUGUGAUGCUCAAUCGAGAUCAUCUGCCGUUGCUUCGUAGUACGGGCUUCUGUAGCGAUUCAUCUACAAGAACUUCCACAACCUCAACAACAUCUCCAACUCCUGCCAGGAGUAGUUAUCUAUCUACACCGUUCGUUGCUCCCCUCAACGCUCCACCAGCGGUGGCUACGAAUGCUGGGAUCCUUGCUGUUUGCGGUUAUCUUUUUAAACGAGGUUUUGGACAAUGCGCAGUGUUUCCUGGAGUCUAUAUUCCUCUAGGAUGGGCUUGUUUUGCUCCACUCUUCGUUUACGAGAUGCUGCAAGUGAGGAACUAUGUAGGGAAGGUUCAGUACUCAUCUUCCUCAUCUGGGAAGAACGUCAUUGAGGGAGAAGGACGAGGUGAAACAACUUCUGAUGAAGAUGAACAACAAGCAGCUUCGCUCUCGUCUUCUUCUUCUGAAGGAUCGACAUCCAACAUUCCGGUCCAUCACGACGAAACUUACCGCGAGAUACUACAAGCGCAGCUUUUGGAAGGCGUCCUAGCCGAAAAAAGGGAUGCGUGUUUUCGAAAAAAUUUGCCUUUGCCAGAAGAAUGCCACAUGACCGGAGGAGAAAAGAGUAGCCUCAACGCCAUGCCUGCUCAGCAGUUAUCUCGCGUUGACGAUAACAGCGUUUUGAUCGACAUAUGCGGUUUUCUGAUAGGGGUAACUGUGGCUGUGUUGGGAUUGUGAUGAUGUUAUUCUUGUACAUGAUCCGAAAAAAAAAGAUGACAAAGAUCAGUUGCCCCAUUCAUUCUCAUUCUGCUGCAGUAUGCAUCCUCGCGUGAGUUUCAGCAAUCCUCCCG